AUGCACAUUCCUCUGGAAUUGCGCGAGACAGCGGUCGAAGGUUCAAACGCGACAGCGACGACGAAUAUAUCGAGUCCGACGCCGGCACAGACGCGCUGGCUUACGGCACUGGGCGUUGUAUUCGGCUUGGUGUUGAUUGCCGGGUAUAUAGCGAAUAACUAUCGCAAGGGCCAUAUUAAAUGGGGCAAAAAGGAGACCAUUGAUGAGUGUGAGAAGGACGAUAAAUCCCUUGUGUAUCUCCCCUAUUAG